AUGCUUCUUCCUAAAGGAGGUUUGAAUUGGAAAGCCGCCAGAGCACAGCUGCCGCCCACCCGUGUCGUCUGGAAUAUCCUAACGCGGACGCGGUUUUUGCUUCUAAUUGCAGUCACUGGCAUAAUUCUGUUGUUAUGGCGCGGUAUUCGCAGCUCAGCGUCGGAAAUGCAGAGCUUUUACUGCUGGGGUCCGUCAACACCGCCGAUAGAAAUGUCGCAAAACGAGUACGCCCGAUGGAAUGCGCACAUGCAGACGCCCGUCAUCUUUAAUCACCACGCGCCCCUCAAGGUCGAGUCUCCAACGAUACAAAACGUCGACUUGAACCCAAUCAAGUCUACCCGAAAGGCCGUCGCCAACCAAGAGAGAGUCCUUAUCCUCACCCCGCUAAAAGACGCAGCUCCUCACCUUUCCAAGUACUUUGAGCUGCUUGCCAAGCUUUCCUAUCCCCAUAACCUGAUUGACCUUGCCUUCCUUGUCUCUGACUCCAAGGACGACACUCUUGCCGUGCUUGCCGCCGAGCUCGAACGAAUCCAAAAGCGACCGGAUAAUAUCCCAUUCCGAAGUGCUACCGUUGUUCAGAAGGACUUUGGUUAUCACCUUAGCCAGGAUGUUCAACAGAGACACUCGUUUGAGGCCCAGGGUCCUCGCCGCAAGGCCAUGGGUAAAGCCAGAAAUUACUUGCUGGCUACUGCAUUGAAGCCGGAACACUCUUGGGUCUACUGGCGAGAUGUUGAUAUUGUUGAGAGCCCGAAUAAAAUUCUCGAGGACUUCAUUGCUCACGAUAAGGACAUCUUGGUUCCAAACAUUUGGUUCCACAGAUAUGAGAACGGUGUUGAUAUCGAAGGUCGAUUUGAUUAUAAUUCGUGGGUUGAGUCGGACAAAGGCCGCCGGUUGGCCGCUAGCCUGGAUAAGGAUACAGUUCUCGCCGAGGGGUACAAACAAUACGACACCGGCCGCACCUACAUGGCAAAGAUGGGAGACUGGCGAGACGAUCCGCAUGAGGAGAUUGAACUCGAUGGUAUUGGUGGCGUUAACAUUCUUGUUAAGGCCGAUGUUCACCGAUCUGGCAUCAACUUUCCGUCCUAUGCCUUCGAGAAUCAAGCCGAGACAGAAGGAUUUGCCAAGAUGGCGAAGCGAGCGGGCUACCAAGUGGUCGGCCUCCCCAACUAUGUCGUAUGGCACAUCGAUACCGACGAGAAAGGCGGCAACUUAUAA